CCCACCAUGGCCACGUCAAGACUAUCCUCGCUGCUCAACACGGCGCGCACGCUCCCGCCGACGCCGUUCCGCGCCGCGCCCGCCCCGCAGCUGUCCGACGCGCUCAACGGCGUCGUGACGCGCAGCUUCGGGCUGCCCCUCAAGGCUGGCGACGCCGCGGUCGCUGCGCGCGCGGAGAGCUUGAGCACGGUGGAGGAGGGCGCGGCCGACUCGGCGCUCGCCGCGCUCGAGAGGUUACGUGCUGGCGCUGCGCUGCGCGAGUUUCCCGUGUCGGCCACCACGACCCACCCGCGCCACGACCCAUACUACUACACGCGGAUGCGGGACGGCGUGCACCGCGCCCAGCUGGGCAUCGGGCGGAGCUGGUGGAAGCGGUUCUUCCAGGUCCGCGGCAAGGAGUAGGCGAGCGGCGUAGCCGCGCAUGGCUGCCGGCCGACCGACCGUUCGGGCAACACGCAUCGAUGGCCGCGCGGCUACUGCAAUACGCAGGCCGGGCGUUGCAUGCAGCAGCACGCCGCUGCUGCUGGGAUAAUAGCAUAGACUUGUACAGUAUGAACGUG